AUGGCGGCGACAGGAUCCACCAAUACGAUCCUACAUGUGGGAAGCUUGGCUUAUCUGCUCCUUUUCGCCACCUUUUCUGUCUCGCCCUCGCUCGGCGGACCCAUCCGGCUCCGGGAAAACCUCUGGGCUACAGGGCAUUUCAUGGGGAAGAAGAGUAUGCUAAGCUCUCCUCAUGUCCAGUCUGCAUUCUCAGAAAGUGCAGAGACCAACAGAGAGGGGGUGAAAGACCUGAUGAUGAGCGAACUUCUUAAAAUACUCCUGCAAGAGAAGCUGCUGGAGGAGAACCGAGGGAUGCAUGAUCCCAAUGACCAGGAGAUACCUUUCUUCACAAAGUACCUGGCAAAAUACAUUUAAAUGGAUGAACUGAGGAAAACACCAGGGACUUGGGGAAAAGGGAGCUCCUGAAGGGGUGUUCCCAAUGAAAGCAUCAAGAAUACCAGAAUUGUGGUGUAAAAUAUCAAAUUUAUAACUGUAUUCCUAAUACUGACCUCACCCCUCCUCUGAAGAACCAAGUUUUGACUGUAUAGAAAAUUCCUGACAUUUCCUUGCGCUGCAGCGGCUGGUGGAGG